AUGCUGAUUUUCGUGCUCGUUUAUUUGUCCUUACCAGCAAAAACCCAGCCAGAAGAGGAUGGUGUCUUGUUUGAAAUCAAAGAAAACGUUUUUAAAUUUGAUGGAAACUCUAUUUGGCAGGGAAAAGCAAACUCUUUAUUGAGCUGUUCCCGGACAUGUGCGAGUCAAUCAGCUUGUAAACGGGUUAUUUUUGAAGGAAGCAAAGGAACAUGCUUUCUUCUCGGUGAAGGUCAAACACACUUGGCAAAUACGCUUGUUAAACAAGAUGGAACCUUUUAUUUGAAAAAGGUAAUUUAAAGUUGUACCCCUGCCAGUUCCUUGUUACUCCGGCAGGGUGCGUAGACAAGCGGCGGCUGUUCUAAAUUAUGCUUCUUUAACGGACUUGUGAAAUGUCUCCCUCAAAAAUGAAUCGACCUUAGCGAUAAUUUUUUUCGGUAAUCUUGCUUGCUCGUUGGCGAGAGAAUCAUUAAUAAUUUGAUUAGUAAGAAUUUAAGUCUAAUGGAACCUAAUCUUGAAUAAUGAUUCUUUUUGCAGAUCACCACAACAGGAGUUUACAGUUUAUUGGGUGGGUGAUGUAGAUUUGGCCAUCAAAACACAUCCUGCUUCAGUGUGAAUAGUAGUCAGUCCUGACACGUUCGACAACAAAAUCAGCUCGUUAUGUACUCAGACAUUUCCUUCGUCUCACGCACGUGUCAAAUGUUCCUGUAUUAAACUCAAAAUUUUCCAUCUUCCCAUCUGUAAUUAUUUUUCUAAAAAUGAAAUCCUUUUUUUUUCCUAAUGCAUCCCGUUCUAUACAGGUACCUCUAAAUCGGCAGCAAUUGCCUCGUGCCAGGCCCUUCAUAGCCAAUCUCAGUCGGGUGUUUAUUGGAUUGAUCCUGACGGUGGAUCCCACACAAACGCCUUCAGAGCGUAUUGUGACAUGAAAACCGAUGGAGGAGGCUGGACUCUAGUGUGGAGCUACUCCUUCACUAAUAACGUAGAUUUUACAGCUCAUUCAAAUGCAGUGACACCGAGACCCAACUGGCAAGUGACCCCUGAAGUGAAUGUCCCUAUAUCAACAACUCCUCCUUUAAAUGAAACAAACUUCAACGCCAUGAAUUUCUCGCUCUGGAAACUACUCGGCAGACAAAUCCUCAUCAAGAGCAACAUAAAUAACUGGCUGGUGUGUCAUCCAGGAACUGGAAGUUUGGUUGAUUGGCAAGAAGGGGAAGUCAGCUGUAAGGUAGUGAAACACGUGACUAACACCUGUACAAGUGCUUUGGCACCUUCCAAAAUAUCCCCAAGUAAAGGUUAUGGACCAAAACUUUACAGAGAUAGUGAAUGGUACAGCCUUUACUAUUACUUCGAUGGAUACACUGGCAAAGACUGGCCGUCUCACGAUCCUUGUGGUACGAGCAAGAGCAAUCAUUUAAAAAAUGUCGUUAAUCCACGUGGAAAUAUAUAUAUUCGUGCAUAG